AUGAGAGACGUGUUGGGGUGGUCUGUUGUCCUCCAUUGUGGUGCGCGGGUCGACAUGUAAAAGCGUUUCGUGUUCGAGAAAGAGGUUCGAAAUCCGUUAAACCGCGUAUUCAAAUUUCCUCUCACAACUCUAUCUAUAUACAUAUACAUAUAUAUUUUUUUAAAAGAGAGUCUUUUCUUUUAAAUUAAAACGGUUUGUUUAUUUCGUGUUUCGGGGUGAAAUGGCGACGGGAGCAAACGCCACGCCGCUGGGAAAGCUGCACCCGAGUAUCGGCGCCAAGCGCGGUUUCGAAGCCGGGCCCGGCGCUGGAAUGAUGGCCCCGCCGAUCCCGCCGCUCCCUUACCCGCCGCCUCCGACUUUCCAGCAGCAGCCGCCGCCGCCGCCAGUGCCGUUCCCCCAGUUCACAAUGCCCACGCCAGGCGCUUUCACACCGCUGCCCCCACCGCAGCAAGGAGCCGGGGCCCUGCCGCAGUCUGGCGGCGGAGAUUUCGGCCAAAAGAGAUCUCGGAAGCGUAGCCGCUGGAACGACGAGACUCCGGAUCAGAAGACUGUGAUUCCCGGAAUGCCGACAGUCAUUCCUCCAGGACUGAGUCGGGAACAGGAGAGAGCUUAUAUAGUCCAACUGCAGAUUGAGGACCUGACCCGUAAACUGCGUACAGGAGACCUGGGAAUCCCUCCUAACCCUGAGGACAGAUCCCCCUCUCCGGAGCCCAUCUAUAACAGCGAGGGCAAGCGGUUGAACACGCGGGAGUACCGCACACGCAAGAAGCUGGAGGAGGAGAGGCACUUGAUGAUCCAGGAGAUGGUCGCCCUCAACCCAGAGUUCAAACCGCCUGCCGAUUACAAGCCGCCAGCCACGCGAGUCAGUGACAAGGUGAUGAUUCCUCAGGAUGAGUACCCCGAGAUCAACUUCGUGGGGCUGCUCAUUGGACCCAGAGGGAACACGCUGAAGAACAUUGAGAAGGAGUGCACAGCCAAGAUCAUGAUCAGAGGGAAGGGCUCCGUGAAGGAAGGGAAGGUGGGCCGCAAGGACGGGCAGAUGCUGCCUGGAGAGGAUGAGCCUCUGCACGCCCUCGUCACUGCCAACACCAUGGAGAACGUCAAGAAGGCAGUGGAGCAGAUUCGUAACAUCCUGAAGCAGGGGAUCGAGACGCCGGAGGAUCAGAAUGACUUGCGGAAGAUGCAGCUGCGAGAGCUGGCCCGGCUCAACGGCACACUGCGCGAGGACGACAACAGGAUCCUGAGGCCCUGGCAAAGUUCGGAGCCCCGCAGCAUCACCAACGCCACCGUCUGUACCAAGUGCGGAGGCGCCGGCCACAUCUCCUCCGACUGCAAGUUCACCAGCUCUUUCGCCCCCAGGCAGGGAGACCCCCAGUCUGCCCAGGACAAGGCGCGCAUGGACAAGGAGUACCUGUCUCUGAUGGCUGAACUGGGGGAGGCUCCUGUCCCCUCCUCCACUGGGGGGGGCUCCAGCAACCACCAUCAAGGCAGGGGCUCUGGACCAGGCAACAACCAGGGCCAGCAGAACCGUCCCCCCUGGAUGAACUCCGGCCACUCUGAGAACCGUCCUUACCAGGGGAUGCACGGAGGGGGUCAUAGCGGCCAUGGGGGGCACCACGGCUUCCCUCCCCCCAUGUCCAACAUGCACCCCAACAACGGGCCCCCUCCCCCCUGGAUGCAGCCCCCGCCGCCGCCAAUGAACCAGGGGCAUGGGCCUCACGGGCACCACCACAUGGGUCUGCUGCCUCCACCAAUGGGAAUGUUGCCCCCUCCCCCUCCUCCACCCAGUAGCCAGCCUCCACCUCCUCCAUCAGCACCACUGCUGCCAUGGCAACAGCAGCAAGCCCCGCCUCCUCCACCCACCAGCAGCAUGGCAACCAGUACACCACUGCCAUGGCAACAGAACACCAUCACCACCUCCUCUCCUGGCUCUGGAACCCUCCCUCCCUGGCAGCAGCAACAGCAGCAGGGCUCCACUGCGGGCUCCUCCACGCAGCCCCCUCCCCCCAUGGGCAACCCCUCAAUGGUGCCCCCUCCUCCCGGGGUGCAGCCCCCCCUGCCUCCCGGCGCUCCCCCUCCCCCUCCCCCACCUCCUCCUGGCUCUGCUGGCAUGAUGUACGCACCCCCUCCCCCUCCCCCUCCCAUGGAUCCCUCCAACUUCGUUACCAUGAUGGGCAUGGGCGUCCCAGGCAUGCCCCCUUUCGGGAUGCCCGCGCCCCCUCCUCCCCCUCCUCAGAGCUAAAGCGGACCCCCUAGCUGUAGCAAUAGGAGGCUCCUCCAUUCUGACCUGGGAGCAGCCUUCAUCUCACACCAGUCAACACAUUUAAUCCUGGGUUCAUGUACCAAGUAUUUUUAUUUAUGUAUCUGUUUCCUUGGAUAUGUAUAUUAACCAGUCAGCUUCUUUAGCUUUUAAAAACAUUCCCAGUAUGAUGUGGCCACCUCCCCUUUUUUUUCUAGAUACACAACUGUGAGCUUUGCUACACCUGUAGAGUUUAGAUUUUUUUUUUCUGUCCGACCUCUUUCUUGAAUGCAUUCAUCUAUGACUUUCUGUUUUGUGUUGUGUAAUUAGAACACCAGGAUUUAAUUUGUUUGUGGGUUGUGUUUUUAAAUUAAACCCCUCCCCUUUCAGCUGCUUGGUGUACAAAAUUAUGAAGCGCUUCUUCUGUGGAGCAGCAACACAGAGCCUUCUCUCCCAGCCUUUAGUGCUUUAGUGACCCCCCCUCCUCCCAACUAAUGAAGUAAGAAUGGGGAUAUCCUUUUAAAUCUCAAUGGUACGUAAGAUUAUUCCAAAUUUAUCAAACAUGGGGGGGGGGCUACACCAAAGUAGCCCAUCCCCGAUUUUUAGACCACUUGUUGUAUUUAGUGCUGAACCAGAAUUAAAUAAAACAUGCAAAGUGGCUGCAGCUGAGAACUCGUAUCCUGGCUUCAAAUCCCUUUUCAGCUUGCUGAGUGGAAGCAGAGCCCACUUCACCAGGCUAGAUCCGUUAGGAGUUGGGCUGCAAUUUCAUUUUUUUUUUUUUUAAUACAAAACUAUAUAAGAUUGAACUAUUUUGAAGUUUAACUAACAGAUUGGAUUAAAAAAAAAAUCUUGUGGCAUAAAUGUCUCUUAUUUUAAUUGAAUGGUACACAUUAAUGACUGCCUUUCUGUUUGAAAUGUAAAUACCUCCUCUAAACCCCCUAAUACUCUUUUCUACUCCUAUAGAAACUAGAAAAAUAUUGAUACUUUGAGCAGGAGUUGCCUGACAUCAGUGUAUACUAGAAUGUUUCUGAUUUGACUAACGUUGCUCAAUAAUUCAUAAAUGUUGGCUGCUUUUUUUUUUUUUUUUUUUUUUUUUUUAAUAAACGUUUUGUAGGUUGUGAUCAGGGCUUGCUCUCUCCUACCUCCCUGUCAGUAAAUCCUGCUCCUCGUCUCUGCUGAGGGAAGUCAGUGUAGCAGCUUGUCUUGCUCAUUGGUCUGUUUGCUUCAUGCUUAAGUUCCCUUUUCUUCAGUGUUUCUGGCCUGCAGUCAGUUAUAUGUGCAACAGGUCUCUCAACAUGUCCCCUUUCAGUGCUUCCUUUUUAUUUUGCUGAUUUUGCCAGCUCUUGCGAGAUGACUUUUUUUAAAGAUUGCUUUUUGUUUCUGUAACUUCAUUUGAAAAUAAAGGGGAGGAUACAUUUACAAACUCCAGUUGUCACUC